AUGGAGGAGCUGGUAGGGCUGCGUGAGGGCUCCUCAGGGCACCCCGUGGCUCUGCAGGAGCUGUGGGGCCCCUGUCCCCACGUCCGCCGCAGGGUCCGAGCCGGCCUGGAGUGGCUGAAGCAGAAGCUAUUCCGCGUGGGUGAGGACUGGUACUUCCUGAUGAUUCUUGGGGUGCUCAUGGCUCUGAUCAGCUACACCAUGAGCUUCACAGUGGGACGUGUGGUCCGAGCACACAAGUGGCUGUACCGGGAGAUUGGGGACAGUCACCUGCUCCGGUAUCUCUCCUGGACCGUGUACCCCGUGGCUCUGGUGUCCUUCUCCUCGGGCUUCUCCCAGAGCAUCACGCCCUUCUCUGGAGGCUCUGGGAUCCCCGAGCUGAAGACCAUCCUGUCGGGCGUGGUCCUGGAGGACUACCUGGAUAUCAAGAACUUCGGGGCCAAGGUGGUGGGUCUCACCUGCACGCUAGCCACCGGCAGCACCAUCUUCCUGGGCAAAGUGGGCCCCUUCGUGCACCUGUCAGUGAUGAUCGCCGCCUACCUGGGCCGCCUGCGCCUCAAGACCAUCGGGGAGCCUGAGAACAAGAGCAAGCAGAACGAGAUGCUGGUGGCUGCGGCGGCGGUGGGCGUGGCCACGGUCUUCGCAGCGCCCUUCAGCGGCGUCCUGUUCAGCAUCGAGGUGAUGUCCUCGCACUUCUCCGUCUGGGACUACUGGAGAGGCUUCUUCGCCGCCACCUGCGGGGCCUUCAUGUUCCGCCUGCUGGCCGUCUUCAACAGCGAGCAGGAGACCAUCACCUCGCUCUUCAAGACCAGCUUCCGAGUGGACGUCCCCUUCGACCUGCCGGAGAUCUUCUUUUUUGUGGCACUGGGGGCCAUCUGCGGCGUCCUGAGCUGUGCCUACCUGUUCUGUCAGCGGAACUUCCUCAUGUUCGUCAAGACCAAUCGGCUCACCUCCAAGCUGCUGGCUACCAGCAAGCCCCUGUACUCCGCUCUGGCUGCCGUGCUCCUGGCCUCCAUCACCUACCCCCCGGGUGUGGGCCGCUGCAUGGCCUCUCGGCUGUCCAUGAAGGAGCAUCUGGACACCCUGUUUGACAACAACUCGUGGGCCCUGAUGACUCGGAACGCCUCACCCCCCUGGCCCGCUGAGCCUGACCCCCAGAACCUGUGGUUCGAGUGGCACCACCCGCAGUUCACCGUCUUUGGGACCCUCGCCUUCUUCCUGGUUAUGAAGUUCUGGAUGCUGAUUCUGGCCACCACCAUCCCCAUGCCCGCCGGCUACUUCAUGCCCGUGUUCAUCUUCGGAGCUGCCACCGGACGCCUCGUGGGGGAGGCCCUUUCCAUUGCUUUCCCUGAGGGCAUCGUGGCCGAUGGGGUCACCAACCCCAUCAUGCCUGGGGGGUACGCUCUGGCAGGGGCCGCGGCCUUCUCAGGGGCCGUGACCCACACCAUCUCCACGGCGCUGCUGGCCUUCGAGCUGACUGGCCAGAUCGUGCACGCGCUGCCGGUGCUGAUGGCGGUGCUGGCGGCCAACGCCGUUGCGCAGAGCUGCCAGCCUUCUUUCUACGACGGCACCAUCAUCGUCAAGAAGCUGCCCUACCUGCCGUGGAUCCGGGGCCGGAGCAUCAGCUCUCAGUGCGUGCGUGUGGAGCACUUCAUGACCUCCACCAUCACCACGCUGGCCAAGGACACGCCCCUGGAGGAGGUGGUCAAGGUCGUGACCUCCACAGACACAGCAGAGUACCCCCUGGUGGAGAGCACAGAGUCUCAGCUCCUGGUGGGUGUUGUGGGCAGGGCCCGGCUGGUGCAGGCGCUCCAGGCUGAGCCACGCUCCUGGGCUCCAGGACGUCAGCGAUGUCUCCAGGACCUCUUGGCUGGUGGCUGCAUCGUCGCAGAGCCAGUGACCCUGCAGCUGUCCCCGGAGACCUCCUUGCACCAGGCACACAACCUCUUCGAGCUGUUGAACCUCCAGUCUGUCUUCGUCACGUGCCGAGGCCGGGCUGUGGGCUUCGUGUCUUGGGUGGAGCUGAAGAAAGCCAUUUCCAACCUGACAAACCCACCGGCCCCAAAGUGAAAGUGGCACGCCCUUCCCCCAACCCCCAGCACAACAGCCUCC